CUAGAGAAGCAAACACAAUCUCCGCUCAAAGGAUCAACACAGCACCUGUCUUACAAUCUCCUCUGCUAGCUCUCCUUUCAGUUCCAACCGCAAUGACUGUCAUGAGAACCAUUCUCCUCGCCGUGGCCGCGAUGGCCAUCCUGAGCACCGCAUCGGCGGCAAUCUACAACGUCGGCGAGCCAGGUGGUGCAUGGGACCUCAGCACCAACUACGGCACCUGGGCGUCUUCCAGGAACUUUCACCCCAGCGACCAAAUCAUCUUCAAAUACUCUCCUCAGGCACACGACGUCCUCGAGGUCAGCAAGGCCGACUACGACUCCUGCAGCACUGCUAGCCCCAUCGCCACCCUGAACUCCGGGAAUGAUGUUGUCUCGCUCACUGCCACCGGCACCCGCUACUUCCUCUGCGGCUUCCCGGGCCACUGCGCCGGGGGAAUGAAGGUCAAGAUCGAUGUCGUGCCAAGCUCGUCCUCUUCCUCGCCGGCCCCGGCCAGCGGCCCCAGUGCAAGCAACGCUCCCCCGCCAGCUCCUGUCUCAGCCGCCACCUCUAUGGAGGCCACAGGGUUUGGCCUCGCCGUCUUGCUUGCCGUUGCCAGUCUGAUGGCUUGAGUGCAUCUCUAAAAAAACAUAGAAGUCACUGUUUACUAUCAAGCAUACGUGGUGUACAUGUAUAGUCAAGUAAUUAUAUCGUAUGUUGUAUGUAUUCAGGCUUCACGUUUUGCAUAUUCAUUUUGGAGGAUGAGUAGUAAAAAUUAUUUUAGUAUUAGUACAAUAUUAGUCCCGAAACAUGUUCGCCAACCAUAAAAAGCCACCCUCAGCUCUGGAAUCA